ACCUGUUCCUAUUUGCCUCCCGUAGCAGUUGUUGUCUUUAAAAUGGCGCCCUUAGACUUGGAUAAAUAUGUCGAGAUUGCAAGACAAUGUAAAUAUCUACCAGAAAACGAUUUAAAGAGAUUGUGUGACUAUGUAUGCGACCUACUACUAGAGGAAUCCAACGUACAGCCAGUGUCCACCCCUGUCACAGUAUGCGGAGACAUUCACGGACAGUUUUAUGACCUGUGUGAGCUCUUCAGAACAGGAGGGCAGGUUCCCGACACAAACUAUAUUUUUAUGGGUGACUUUGUGGACCGGGGAUACUACAGCUUAGAGACUUUCACGUAUCUGCUAGCCUUAAAAGCCAAGUGGCCCGACCGUAUCACACUGCUACGCGGAAACCACGAAAGCCGGCAGAUCACACAGGUCUACGGCUUCUACGAUGAGUGCCAAACCAAGUAUGGGAACGCAAACGCGUGGCGGUACUGUACAAAAGUGUUCGACAUGCUGACAGUGGCCGCUCUCAUAGACGAGCAGAUCCUGUGCGUCCACGGCGGGCUCUCUCCCGACAUCAAGACCCUGGACCAGAUCCGAACCAUCGAGCGCAACCAGGAAAUCCCCCACAAGGGGGCGUUCUGCGACCUGGUUUGGUCCGACCCGGAGGACGUGGACACCUGGGCCAUCAGCCCCAGGGGCGCUGGCUGGCUGUUUGGAGCCAAGGUCACCAAUGAGUUCGUUCACAUCAACAACCUGAAGCUGAUCUGCCGGGCGCACCAGCUGGUGCACGAGGGCUACAAGUUCAUGUUCGACGAGAAGCUGGUGACGGUGUGGUCGGCGCCCAACUACUGCUACCGCUGCGGCAACAUCGCCUCCAUCAUGGUGUUCAAGGACGUCAACACGAGGGAGCCCAAGCUGUUCCGCGCCGUGCCCGACUCCGAGAGGGUCAUCCCGCCCCGGACCACCACGCCCUACUUCCUCUAAGCACACGGCUCUGCCCCUCAACCCCUCCCCUGUCCUCUCUCCCCUCUCUCGCCUCACCUGUCUUUUUUUUUUCCUUCUGAGUAUCUUUUUUAAGGAAUUAUAUCAUGGUUUUUUAUGCAGACUUGCCACCUUUGUUCCUCGCUCGGAAAAAUGUGGUUUGUUGCAGAGACCCCCUUCCUUUUUAAAAAAAAAAAUAACUUUGAGGGGAGAUUUUUUUUAUUUCCACUUGUCAAUCAGCUUUUAUGAAUUAUCGUUUUGGUCCCUGGCAUUUAGGAAUGGUGAAACACACAGUCCUAUGAUUCCUUCGGUCUUCAUAUUUCAUAUCUGCUGCCCAGUUCUGCUGUCAUGUGUUGUUUCAAAGGACUCUGUGCCACCUGUGUUCUUAGACCAAAACUUGAUACACCCCUGCUUACCCCCACAAACGGGGGAUCUUUGAAGUCUUAUUAUGAAUUCUGUAUAUGGGGCAGGGGUCAGAGCAGACACCACAGUGAAUGGGACAGAUUUGGCUGUGAAGAAUUUGUACAUUCAAAUAAUUCUAUUGAUUUUGUUUUUUCUUUGUUUUUUGUUUUUUUCCUCAGAUUUGUUGUAUUUUAUUAUUGUAGAGACUGCAACCUACAUACCUAUUAAAAUAUUGAAAAUAAAAUCCUUUAUUAUUAACUUUG